GCCCCGAAGAUAAUUAAAGUGCGGAGACAACGCCCGGUCAAAAAAGAUAGCGCAAAUAUUCCGUCAACAAAUAAAACCGGAAAAUAGUAAAGUUAGGCCAAAAGAUCUGAAAUGUGAAACAAAUGAGUGCGGGGACAAAGCCCGCUCAACAAAGUUAAAGAAAAAAUUCGGUCAACGUGUAAAAACAAAAAUAACAAGAAGUGAAACAAAAUAAUCUGAAACAAAUGAGAGCGGAGACAACGCCCUCUCAAAGAUUGGCAACGUGUAAAAACAAAGAAAAAUCUAGUAAUCCCGAGGAUCUUUGAGCGCGGAGAUAAAGCCCAAAAGCCGAAGAAAAGUAAAGGUGGAAGUGAUUAAAGUGACGAAAUAAAUUGGUCCCUGCAGCCGGUCCACAAAUAGAUCGCUGCACACGUACCUUAAAAAACAAACCCCCACAAAUUUUAGUGGCAGCAAACAAAUCCAAAAUCCGUAACACCAAAGCGGACGGCCUUGGGCAGCUUUUGGGCUUGUCCGUCGUGCAAUGUUAUGAAAAGGAAGGUGAGUGAAGAGGUUGAGAAAAAACUCACCCUUCAUAAAAACAAAACCAUUAUGUCCCAAGAAGCCACACAAGCACAGCAUCUUAACAUAGAGCAGACGCCGUCCGUGUCUUCAUCUCAGGCCUCAGACGGAACCUUACGGACGUAUUAUUUUCAGCUCAACCUCAAGACUUGCCAUCGGCCUUGGCUACGGCUCAAGAAUUUGAAGCUAACAACGAUAGGCAUGCUUUUGCGGCACAUUACGCAAGAGCCCCAGAGAACAAAGGUCAGAAACGAAUAGCUUACAGACAGAGUCCGACCAAUAUAAAAAACAAGGAAAUCACCCAUUUUAUAUGCGCGACCAGGGCAACCCACUGAAAAAUAGUCACCAAGGCCUGGACAGGGUCGAAAAAAUGGACGUGGAUCCUUCCUCCUGGAAGUUCCGCCAACCAACAAAUUUUCAAAGGCAGCAGGCCCACUAGCCACGGCAACCCUAGCUAACGGUCUUUUGGUGACCGUUGGUACACUCAAGAGGCCGGCUGGAUCCCACAGAUUCUCUGACCAGCGCAGGCAAAGGGUUAAUCCCCUCGCUCAGGAGGACCCAGACCAAUUCGAACCACAGUAUGAGCAGCUAGCACAGGAGGCACUGGCUGAGAUUGAUGAGCAAAAUAACGCAGGGUACGAUAAUUACAAGGUCAAUUUUUUGAGGAGAGUCCCUGCUCCCGUUCAUCAAAAGAACAGUAGCGGGGAGAACAUCAAAUUUUCUGAUAGACACCGGGGCUGCAAAGAACUACAUCAAACCGCUAAUCGAUCUUCAGCGAAUUUUUCCGGUUCAGGCCCCAUUCAUCGUGAAAUCACUGCACGGCUUUAAUAAAGUCGAGCGACAGUGCCUCCUUACCUUUUUCGGCAUAAUGUGAAGGCAUAAGCCUCCACAACACUGACCACGACACCAUCCCCUGAAGGGACCGCCCCGACGGCUUGUUAUCUAAUUUCAUUAUUAUCUCAGUUCAUUAUCACUAUUAUCCGAUUUUAUUACUUCUAUUAUUAUUAGUAUUACCAAGACAAACAACAAUGAAUCCUUAUUUUCACCCAUUAAAGUAAGAAAUAGGCUAAGAAACCCCAAAACAGUAGGCCUUUUUACUUAGAACUAAGAGAACCAACACGUAAGAGAGACGCACACUACGGCCACGCAGCGAAGAGAGACGCACACCACGGCUAUACGAAGGCGAAGAGAACCAACACGAAAGAGAUACGCUCUUACGCCCACGCAGCCAACGCAAGGAAGAGAACGGCUAUACGCAGACGAAAAGAGACAACAUGAAAGAGAGCGAAGCGGCAGAGAAGCCGCCGAUCGGUCUUACGCCCACGCAGCCGAGGAAAAGAGCCGACGGCGAAGCAGGCAAUACACCCACGCAGCCAUACACCCACGCAGCCGAGGCCGGCAGCCGAAGGCGGCGCAGCAGCGAAGCGGCAGAGAAGCUGCGAAAAGAGAAAAGCCGAGGCCUGGCACGGUCCAACGCGAGCCAAGCUCGGGAGUGAUCUCGGAGGGCUGAGCCAGACCGGUUGUGCGGCGGAAGCCAAAAUAGAUGUGAAAAACUAGCCGUGACCGCGCCGUGUACGCAAUAAGCCGUGUUCACCCGCACGCGGUGAAUAAAACCUGCUGUGACCGCACCCACGCGGUGUGCAAAGGAAGCCACCGAAGUGACGAGGACCCGCCGUGGGAGAACAGGACCCAAAGAAGGGACACAAGGAUCCGACAUGGACAACCCAAGGACGAGCGACGCACAGCCUCUAGAGGCAGAGGAUGGCACGGAGGGGCAUCCUAGGGGUGCGUCGCCGCCCAGCUCAAGGCAACCACGGUCCAACUACAAGCAAGACACCACUCCCCGACCCCGCAAGCAGAACCGGGCAACACCACGCAGCAUGGACCAUCAACAGGAGAACCCAAACGGCCCGAUCCCGGACACCAGCUGGGACGACGGGUGGCACGCCAGACUGCAGGAGUGGGACGCGCAGGAGGAGGCGGCAGCCCCGGAAAGAGGGGAGAAUCCCGAUUGGCAGCCGCUGGACCACGCACCAAUGAAGUGGCUAUCGCCAGUUCCCACCAACCACAACGCCCCGAACCCGGAACCGACGAGCUGCACGGCCCGAGAGGCCGAACCAGGAAACCCGAGCCAACCAAAGGAAGACAGCGACCUGUCAUUGGGCUUGGAAGAGGCAGAGGCGGGCGGACUGCUUACAGCGUUCGAGGAGAUGCCCGAGCUAAACGCGCUGCAGGAGGAGCAGGAAUGGCCAAUCGCCCCAGUCGCCUGGCGGGUAAGCACGCCUGACCGCCGCAUCCCGCAAAGCCUGAGGGAAAACGCCAGCGCUCAGGCAAACGCGGCGCGUCACGGGCGCAGCCGGAUCCGCAUUAUGAUAUUUUUUGUGGCGUUUAUUUCCCCGCUGCAGGCGCGGGAUUUUAAGUAGGGAAAUGAUCCGAAAACAAUAAAGACACCAACCUCAA